UGUGCCUGCCUCGCUCCGUUGCGCGGAGUGGCGGGUGCGGGCGCUGCGGGCCGGGGCGAGCUCCCUUGUCUCCUUUCUGCGUAGGUCGGGAGCGCCGCUGCCGCCAUGGGUCGUAAGAAGAAGAAGCAGCUGAAGCCUUGGUGCUGGUAUUGUAACAGGGAUUUUGAUGAUGAAAAAAUCCUUAUUCAGCAUCAAAAAGCAAAGCACUUUAAAUGCCACAUAUGUCAUAAGAAAUUGUAUACAGGACCUGGUUUAGCUAUACAUUGUAUGCAGGUACAUAAAGAAACAAUAGAUGCUGUCCCAAAUGCUAUUCCUGGAAGAACAGACAUUGAACUGGAAAUCUAUGGCAUGGAGGGCAUUCCAGAAAAAGAUAUGGAGGAAAGGAGAAGGUUACUUGAACAAAAAACUCAGGCAGAAAGUCAGAAAAAGAAACAGCAGGAUGAUUCUGAUGAGUAUGAAGAUGAUGAAUCUGCAGCUUCGACUUCAUUUCAACCACAACAGGUUCAGCCUCAGCAGGGGUACAUUCCCCCAAUGGCACAACCAGGUUUGCCUCCUGUACCGGGAGCCCCAGGAAUGCCUCCAGGUAUACCGCCAUUAAUGGCAGGUGUUCCACCUAUGAUGCCUGGAAUGCCUCCAGUUAUGCCUGGGAUGCCACCUGGAUUACAUCAACAGAGAAAAUACAUGCAGUCAUUUUGUGGUGGAAACAUGAUGAUGCCAAUGGGUGGGAUGAUGCCUCCUGGACCAGGAAUACCACCUCUUAUGCCUGGUAUGCCACCAGGUAUGCCACCCCCUGUUGGCCCUCGUCCUGGGAUGCCUCCAAUGACGCAAGCACAGCCUGUGGCAGCACCAGGUAUUCUGAAUAGACCUCCUGCUCCUGCUGCAUCAGCACCUACCCCUCAGCCUCCAGUUACUAAACCACUCUUCCCAAGUGCAGGGCAGAUGGGGACACCUGUCACAAGCUCAAGUACAGCUUCCUCCAAUUCAGAAAGUCUGUCAGCAUCUUCUAACGCUCUGUUUCCUAGCACAGCACAAGCUGCAGCUGCUGUUCCCGGUCCAGUUGGUACUGAUUUCAAACCUUUGAAUUCUACACCUGCCACGACAACAGAACCCCCCAAACCUACAUUCCCUGCUUACACACAGUCUACAGCUUCAACCACUAGCACAACGAACAGCACUGCAGCUAAACCAGCCACAUCCAUAACAAGUAAGCCAGCUACACUUACAACAACCAGUGCAACCAGUAAGUUGAUCCAUCCAGAUGAGGAUAUAUCACUGGAAGAGAGAAGGGCGCAGCUGCCUAAAUAUCAGCGUAACCUUCCUCGACCAGGACAAGCCUCCUUGGGUAAUCCACCAGUUGGACCAAUUGGAGGUAUGAUGCCACCACAGCCAGGAAUUCCUCCACAGCAGCAAGGAAUGAGACCUCCUAUGCCACCUCAUGGUCAGUAUGGUGCUCAUCACCAGGGCAUGCCAGGAUACCUUCCUGGAGCGAUGCCUCCUUAUGGUCAGGGACCUCCGAUGGUGCCCCCUUACCAAAGUGGACCUCCUCGACCUCCAAUGGGAAUGAGACCUCCUGUAAUGUCACAAGGUGGCCGCUACUGAUGCUACUACACACGUUCUAAUAGGUUUGGAGAUUAAACCUUUUCUCAUCUUGUGCUGUUAAUAUAGCCAAGCUUCUGUCAAUUAAGGCUUCAUUGUGACUUAAAAAUAAGUAUCUUCCCACAUGCAAGGAUCUAUUGGACAUUAUUAUUUUACACGGGAAAAAUUAUUUGGAAUAAUAACAGGAACUUUUCCUGAUGUUGCAAUUUAUACUGUAUGGCUUCUUUUUCAUGUUUCAUCUAGGUUUUUAGAAGUGAAGUAUAGUAAAUAUGGUUCGUUAAAUUGUGAAGGCGCUGGAAUUACAUGAACAUACCAUCUUAAAGGCAAGUUCUGUAACAUUAUGUUGCUAUUUGUAAAAUGAUGCCUUCACAGCACUUCAAGUGCUGUUGGACUUCAUGUCCCCAACAUAGUUUGGUGAGGGCUGUAACUGUUCCCAAGUACCUGUACAUUUAAAAGUUGGAACAUGUAACAAUAUUUAAUGUGUUUAGAGUUCCUCCUGUUUCAGGGUUUAAGUAAACUGACCCACUAAGGUCAUGUGACUUUUCUGUACUGUUAUAAACUUAAUUGUAAUAAAAGAGGAGAAAAAUUUAUAUGCCUUCUUAUUCAUGACCGGCUGUGGACAUCUGCCUGAAAGGUUUGUACGAUGCAUGCCAUGAUAGCACUUGGUGUAAUGAAUGUAGUUACUGGUGCUGUUUUGAUAAAAUCUGGAUUCCUUGCUCUAAAACUAAGUCACUCCUUUAGCUGCAUGUCUUGAGUAGAGAAAGACCUGUACACUUAUUAACUCUCUUCAAAAAUGAGGU